CUAUUUUUCGGUCUGUCAAAUUGUCAAAAUUGCCGGCUUAGUCAAUGUUUCUUUCUCGAAAACUAAAUUUUUUGACAAAAUCCUUUUCCACGAUGUCUCAGCCGUUGAAGAGAGUUCUUGACACGUUGGAAGAACUCGCUCCCUUGCAAUAUUCGGAGAAAUGGGACAACACAGGUCUUCUGGUAGAGCCUUUCAAAUACGAAAAAGUCUCAAAAAUCUUCCUCACGAAUGAUCUCACAGUUCCCGUCAUGGCAGAAGCUGUCGCGCAUCAAGCUGACUUCAUCAUAACUUACCAUCCGAUCAUUUUUCGCCCUCUGAAGAACAUCCGACAAUCCGAUUGGAAGUCUCGCAUCAUUUCCGAGUGCCUUGCAAAGGGAAUUGCCAUUUUUUCGCCCCAUACGUCGUGGGAUUCGGCCGAAUGUGGAGUCAACGCCUGGUUAUUGGACCAAAUAGGAGCCAAAUUCGCCAAAUCUGAGCCAAUUACGCCCGUUUCUGAUGCGCCGUUACUUGGAGCAGGCAAGAAAUGUACUUUAGACAAUGAAAUUUCGAUCAAAGAAGCGAUCGAAAACAUCAAACGUAACACGGGAUUGCCGACAGUUCAACUUGGAUUAGCUGUUGGUGCGACAAUCGAGUCGAAAAUUAAAACUGUAGCAGUUUGUGCGGGUUCAGGAGCUUCCGUGUUGUCAAAUACGCGGGCAGAUUUGUAUAUUACGGGUGAAAUGUCGCAUCAUGAGGUGAUGGAUGCACAACACAACGGCACGACAUGCAUUUUGUUGAAUCAUAGUAACUCGGAGAGACAAUAUUUGUAUCGGGUUGAGAAGUUUUUGAAGGAAAAACUCGAAGGAGUUGAUGUUGUUGUGUCAAAAAGUGAUGUUGAUCCGCUUGUGAGCAAUUAAAAAAAUAAUUUUUUGAAUAAAUUUUAUCAAAAGUUUAAAAAAUUUUGUUUGUUUAAGUUCGAAUAAAAAGUCUUA